AUUCGCCAAGAUUUUGCUCUACCGAUAUCAAUUAUAUUGCUGAUAUUGUGUGCUGUUUUGUCAACUUUUUUUCCCGUUGUUAUUUUCAGUUUUUUUCUUUCGUCGUGUGAUCGUAGUGUAGGUAUUCUGUGUGAGUGUGCAUUUUUUUAAUGUUCUCAUUUUUAAGAAGCACCAAAUUUGCGGUGAAUGAGAAAAAGAAAGCAAUACACGCAGAGCCAAAAUGAGCGAAAGAAACUGCACCAAAGAGCAAUUCAAUUGUUUUCAUGAAAUGGUGAAUCAAAAACAUUAAGUGCAAGCGUGGAAAAAAAGACGACUUGUCAUCGUUGACGAACAAAUAGAGACAAUGGAAAAGGAUUUGUGACACGAACGGAGGAAAUAAGACGAAGAGAAUAAGUGUGCAAGCAUAAAAUUGAAAUUCCAAUAGACAAUGAAAUGUGAAGAAAAUUCCGCGAACACUCGGAACACAUUUUUCUUAUGAACCCAUUGAACUGUUUGUGUGCGUGCGCUGAUGCACAUAUUUGAAAGAUAACAGCAAAAACAACAGCGACAAGGGAUUAUGGCAUUUUUAUCAUAAGUCAUAAACAGUGUGUUUGUGUGUGUGUGCCAAACAAUACGAUGCAGAUAACACAACGAUGAAGCAUCAUUUCGUUUGCAAUUGCUGUCGUGGAAAUUGUUCGCGAACGCCACUGGAUUAAGGAUUAAAGUUUUGUGAAAUCAUCCACCGAAAUAAAAACGAAGACGACAACAACAAUACAACAUCGAAGUGCAUAAGUAAUGUCAACCAGAUGAGAUAUUCCAGGAACGGACUGGAGAAGUUCAGAGCAAUGUUUUGUCGAUAAAUGCAUUCUUGUUGAGGCGACGACCGGAGCGAGACACACGUAAACAUAUGCACACGUUAUUGAGAAGAUGAAAUUACUGGUCCAUCAAAUUGGAGGCAAAUUGAAUACAAUUCAUGCAUGUGGCCGCCGCCAUACAAUUUGAUUAUAAAGUAAAAUCAAACAUUGAAGUUUGAUUUCGGACGCAUCGGACACGAGAGGACGUGGUGAGAACCGUACAGCGUUGUAAAUAAAUCAUUUGGACGGGAACGAAGCCAGUACAUAAACGUCAAUUGUGCACUUUGGAUUACCAAAUACGUGUGAUUAUACCACUCAAACCCCACUGUGAGGGCCACCGAAAAUGCACAUGAAAAAAUAAUGAACACCCAUCAAUAAUUGAUAUUAUAAAUUCGGUGUGGUCUCUCUCUCUCUCUUGUUGUACAAGAAGUGAUAUAAAUUUAUCGAUCGCAUGCUUUAAAUUAUACACGCUUACUCUUCACUCUCAGGCUCACAGGCGUGCACUAGGCAACAAAUCAAACUUGUAUAAAAUAUCCGAACAUUUCGGGCCUCAAGUUCGAUAUUGGUUGGGUUUUUUUUAAAACUUCUUCUCCGAUUCGGAUUAUACAUGCUGAAUAAUUGAAUAAGGAGUGCAGCGGAGACGAGAAGAAAUAAUAGACUUGAACCAAACAUAUUAUAAUGUUAAAAGCAAUCAAUAAAUGCGAUUACAAUGAAAAUUCGUCCUAAAGUUAUAGUGCCGUCACAAAAAAUACUCGCCAGCAGCGCACACAACGGAUACAACGGCAUUGGCGUUGGCGGCGGCGGCACUUUCGGUGGUGGUACGCCUAAAUCGGUGAAAAUCUUCAACGGCGCCGGUACACCAUCACGAAGUCCAACAAAAUCGGCAUCAUCAUCUUCAUCGUCGUCGACGUCGUCAACAUCAUCAUGGGGCGAAGCCUGUUUUAGCAGCCGAGUUACAAGUGAAAUCAGCUGUAAUCACAACAACAACAACAACAACAACAACAAUAAUAAUAACAACAAUCAUCAUUGUUGUCAAAAUGCUGGAACAGUCAACGGUAGCCCGUUCGGUACUGCGAAUGGACACACCGGAAAUAGCACCGUUUAUACCAACCAUCAUCACCCGCAGCAGCAACAGCAACAGCAUUCAAACAGCAGCAAACAUGGCAACAACGGUAGCGGUGGCGGCGCUGGCGGUAACAGCGAAAAGAGUAAUCACAUUUAUGCGUAUGCUCUGAUCAGCUUGAUUGCGGUGAUGGUGUAUCUUAACGGUAUUAAUGGAGAUUUUGUACACGACGAUAUACCAGCCAUUACGCUGAACAAGGAUGUUAUUGGCACCAAUAAAAUAACGCGAUCGUUUUUUAACGAUUUCUGGGGCACACCAAUGGACGAUGCAAACAGUCACAAAUCAUAUCGACCGCUAACGGUUCUAUCAUUUAGAUUAAACUACUAUUUGUUUGGACUGAAACCGAUUUGGUUUCAUUUUACAAAUAUUUUAAUGCACGCCAUUGUUUGUAUACUAUUUACUCGGGUUUGUAUCAUUGUGGCCGGUCUUCAAGAUAAUUUUGCAAUAAUAGCGGGCAUUAUAUUUGCUGUGCAUCCAAUCCACAGUGAAGCGGUCACUGGAAUUGUUGGCCGUGCCGAUAUCUUAGCUUGUAUAUUCUUUUUGAUUUCGUUGCUGGUUUACCAUGGGGAAGCGUACAGUUCGGACAAUGCAUCAACAUGGCUAAGCAUACUAUUUGGUGGUAUAUCCAUGCUAUCGAAAGAGACGGGCAUUACGGUAUUUUUAGUGAACUUAACGUAUGAUUUGUAUCGUUGUUGGCCGUCGUUAAAACGUACUUUGGUCGAUGUUCAUUGGACACCGGAAAGUCAACAAUGCUAUCGUCGUCUCUCCAAAUUAUUAAUAUCAAUGGGCAUUCUGCUGAUUAUACGAUUGGCGUUGUUGCAAGGAUCAUUUCCGAAAUUUUCACAACAGGAUAAUCCGACAGCAUAUCAUCCCAGUUUUUAUGUCAGAAUGUUAACGUUUUGCUAUUUGGCUGCAUUUAAUUGGUGGCUCGUGCUAUGUCCAUCAACAUUGAGCCAUGACUGGCAGAUGGGAUCCAUACCAUUGCUCACAUCAAUCAGUGAUCCUCGAAAUUUGCUAACACUGUGGGCCUUUGCAUCGACCAUCUUAAUGCUGCACAAAAGCCUUCUCGAUUUUGAGAGUCAACGUUAUGCACCACUCAUGCUAGGUGUCUUGCUGCUCAUUUUGCCAUUCUUACCAGCCACCAAUUUGUUUGUUACCGUUGGAUUUGUUGUUGCCGAACGUGUUCUCUAUAUACCCAGUUUGGGCUGCGUUCUGCUUGUCGUUUAUGGUGCGCAAAUAAUGUGGGAAACGAUGUCUAAAUACCGCAGCUUUAUCAUUCUUAUGGGAAUACUGCUAAUUACCGUUGGCACCUGUAAAACAAUAACACGUAAUCGAGAUUGGUAUUCACGUGAAUGUUUGCUGCGAGCCGGACUUCGAGUGCUGCCACACAACGCCAAGAUGCACUACAAUUUCGGAAAUUUCCUAAAGGAUUCAUUUCAACAUGAAACAGCCAAGCAACACUAUCGGGAAGCAUUAAGAUUGUGGCCAACGUAUGCAAGUGCUCACAACAAUUUAGGAACGUUAGUCAAUAAUUUAGACGUGGCUGAGAAUCAUUUCUUAUCGGCCAUUACUUAUGCAUCAACGCAUGUAAAUGCUCAUUUUAAUUUGGGACAACUCUAUCUGAAAAAAAACCGAACCAAUGACGCGAUCCGAAUGCUACGAAAAUGCACUGAAAUCGAUACGACAUAUGUUCAAGCCCAUUUGGAAUUGUUUCGUUUACAUCGUGGAAGUCAGACGGCUCUUAUUUUAACUGAUGCAAUAAAAGCGAAUCCCGACAAUUUGGAAUUGAGGCUCGCCUUUGGACAAUGGCUUCUAAACAACGGACUGGCACCUGCUGCAAUGCAUACAUUCCAACGGAUACUCGAACAGAAUGUGUCGAACAAGCUAGCGAUUACUGGUAUUUGCAAGUCAAUGCGAAAAUUGGGUCAAUGGUCGCGAUUGCAUUUGCUAAUGUCGAGACUUCAGACCAUUUAUCGGUUAGCGCAUGGUGGUCGUUCGUAUAAGAUUGACAUUUAUUUGCGCAACUGGAGCAUACGAACUGAAUUGCAGCGUCGUGCAUAUUUGUACAACAUCGAAAAUAAUGAAUCAUUUCAUGAGGCUGAAUUAAGUGCAGCAACGACAACGGUGACAGCGACCACGAUGGCAACGGCAGUGGAUGCCAGUGGACACAGUACAAGAAAUGAAACAACCGGUAAUUCAAUGUUGACACCGCCACCAUUGAACUUUUCAAGCGAUGCGACCGUCGACAGCUACAAAAACAGUUCAAACGAUGAGCACAAAGACGAUGAUGAUGUUGGUCGGGACCACACGAAUCUUCAAGACUCCAUGUAUCAAAAGCAAUAUUGUAACGAAGAUGUAACGACGAUACAGUCGGAAAUGCGGACAAAUGUUGGUGUAAAUAUUGCCACACUCACCGAAAUCAAUACCACCGCACGCAAAACCAUGGCCAAUGAUUUGCAAUCCGAGUCAGCGAUUUUAUGCGGCAAACAUGAUGAGUUAAUCGUCGACGAUCGAUGUGUUACAUGGAAUAAAAGUGUACGCAAUUGUAGCGACAAGAAAGCAGCUCAGGAUGCCAAAACAGCCGCAACAACAACAACGACAAAUGUAAGUAGUGAUGUGGCAACUGCGGCGGCGGCAGCAACGACCAGAAAACAUCGAAAACAGUGCACAUUCAAUCCACUGACCACAUGCGAAAUUGGCAACGCAAGCAAAUCGCCAAAUCUACGAACACAAAAUACAUUUAUAUCGCGCUUAUUUCUAACCGACAUUCUUGAUAACAUUUAAAUCGAAUCAUAGCUCAUACAAUUCGCCGCCGAUGCCACAUUCAUUUCGUCAACCGACACUUGAAAUUCAUUCAGUCCAUUUCAUUUGAAAGUUUUUCCAUCGACGAUGAAACACACACACACCGUUUUCAAAUUGAAACGGAUUCCCAAGUUUUAUUGAUAACAUUUUCAUUUCUCUCAAAAAACACAUACACACAAAUAAUGACAACAAAAUCAAAACAUUCAAUUUAAGAAGCUUAUGAAUACAUUUGAAAUGAAUGAAUGAAAAGAAAAUGUAAUACCAUUUACAAAAUGAUGCCAAAAUAUUUAAGUAAUUUAUGAUACAAAAAGAAGCACAUGAUGAGGUAAAAACAAUACCGAGUUUCACCAAGAAAUCACACAAUUCAUUACACACCAAACGAAAACAACAACAACAACAAAACUAUAUCACAUCACGACGUCGAAACGCAAGCAAAUUAUUUAAAUUGCCAUUUUUUUCAUAAAUCCAUCUCCAUCAUAUAAAAGUAACCAAAAGAAAAAAUCGAUUUCUUUAUAUUACAUCAUACAAAUUUAAGACAACAACAACAACAACAAAAAUCAAGCAAAUACAACCAAAAAAAUGGAAAAAGCUCUUAUUUUUCUAUAUUCUUCUAGCGAUUAAAUACAACACAACUUAAAAAAAAAA